AUGACCUCCUAUGAUCGACAUGCGUCCCACGACUCCCCAUAUCGGACCGGAAGACAUGUACCUUUGAGUCAAAGCCGCCAUGAGCCCCUCACAUCUAUUGCGACGAGCGCCAUUGAGUCUCGACCGGAUCUGACUGAUACAUUCGAGGAUGACCAACCGAAAGGGUCUACAAGUUCCAACUCUAACGGGUGGACGGGUUCCCCUACCGGAGUUGGUUCUCCUAACCGUCCCUAUUCCCCAGGACUGAGGUCGCUUUCUUCCCAGAAGCGGCGAUCAACUGAACGUGGCGCAGAUGGUGCCCCGGAGAUUCAGAUGCAAAGCUUCCAUGACGGAGCUCCGCCUCCGCCCCCGGUGGUCCAUUCAUGGCGGAAAAUUGAGCGAUGGCUGGAAAAUAAUUACGAAGAGCUAUACGAUAAUCUUUGCGAGGGGUGCACUCAAAACGAUAUAAAUGAGUUGGAGCAUGAAUUGGAUUGCAGCCUGCCCUUGGAGGUGCGAGAGUCCCUCAUGAUCCACGACGGUCAAGAGCGCCCUGGCCUCCCCACAGGCGUUAUCUUCGGAUGUAUGCUUCUAGACUGCGAGGAAAUCGUUCAGGAAUGGAAGAACUGGAGGACCGUUAAUGAAGAGUUUCUGAGCAACUCCACCAUGAUGAAUCCUCCCCCGAAAGCCACAGCAAGCUCAUCCUCUGCGGCACCUCCUUCGCAAGGCCCGAAUCCUCUCUGGAGACAAGAACUUCUGGACCGCCAGGACUCACAACCUCCAGGCGCUGUACAGAAGGCAUACGCACACCCUGCCUGGAUCCCUCUUGCUCGUGAUUGGGGUGGAAACAAUAUUGCGAUUGACUUGGCCCCUGGCCCCGCCGGGAAAUGGGGUCAGGUCAUCAUUUUCGGUCGUGAUUACGACUGCAAAUACGUUGUCGCUCGCUCUUGGGCUGCUUUCCUUGCUGUGGUCGCUGAUGAUAUCUGCAGUGGUAGGGUCAACGUAGAUGAGGAGACGAACGAACUUAAAUUGUUGGAAUUCAAGGGUCAGAAUGUUGAGCCGCCCUAUUUGGAGAUUCUGCGUUGGAGGACAGACCAGAAAUAUGGCAGAAGAGCCCCUCGGCGCAAGGCGCCAAAUGGACUGGGACUCAACACGAACAGCCGACCCGGGAAAGAAUCCCCGUAUGGAAGCCCAACACCUAGUGAAGAACGAGGCCGGUCUCCUCACCGAUUUCCCAACCGCGGUUCUACUCAGAGCCCUAAGACGCAGUUCGGCGUUUCGAGUCCUCUAGCUCGUGUCACAGAAGAAGCGACGAGUCCUGUGAACACAAGCGCUGAAGUUGAGAUGCCCGAGGAUGCUUCCAAAGAAAAUAGAAAGGAGCCUGAAACCGAUGAUCUGAUGGAGGUGGUUACACCCCAAAUCUCUGGGAAGGAAAAUCAGGACCUCACAGAUAAGUAUGACGAGCAGAAGUCACCCAAACCAGAAAAGGUGCAGAGACGUGAGUCUAACCAAGGGACAACUGCGGUCUCGGAAGCUGAGGUCUUGGGGGAAAUGAAGAACAUAGCCAUCUAG